ACACGGAACAGGCACCGGCGCCCGGAGCGAGCCAGCGAGCCGCGAGCAGCGAGCCGGGGACCCCCGGCUGAGCCAGCAGAGCAGCCAGCGAGUCGAGCCCGCGACGACCCUACGCCCCCGCGCCCCGUAGCUGCCCCCAGCCGGCCGGUGUCCCCGCCGCCCUCCCUGACCCAUGGCGCUGAAGAGGAUUCAGAAAGAAUUAAGUGAUCUACAACGCGACCCACCUGCUCAUUGUUCAGCUGGACCCGUGGGAGAUGACUUGUUCCACUGGCAAGCAACUAUUAUGGGACCUCCUGAUAGCGCCUAUCAAGGUGGAGUCUUCUUUCUCACUGUACAUUUUCCGACAGACUAUCCUUUUAAGCCACCAAAGAUUGCUUUCACAACAAAAAUUUACCAUCCAAACAUAAACAGUAAUGGAAGUAUUUGUCUUGAUAUCCUGAGGUCACAAUGGUCACCAGCUCUGACUGUAUCAAAAGUUUUAUUGUCCAUAUGUUCUCUACUUUGUGAUCCUAAUCCAGAUGACCCCUUAGUACCAGAUAUUGCACAAAUCUAUAAAUCAGACAAAGAAAAAUACAACAGACAUGCAAGAGAAUGGACUCAGAAAUAUGCAAUGUAAAAUAAAAAAAUAUUUCAUAUAUACCAGAGUACUGUAAAAUCUAGGUUUUUUUCAACAUUAGCAGUAAAUUGAGCACUGUUUACUGUUUCAUUGUACCAUGAAAUCCUUUGAUUUUUACCCAUUUUACAUGUAUUUCUGAAGCAAGACAAAACAAACUUCCAAAAAUACCCUUAAGACUGUGAUGAGAGCAUUUGUCAUUUUGUAUGCAUUGAGAAAGACAUUUAUUAUGGUUUUUAAGAUACUUGGACAUCUGUAUCUUCAGCUUACAAGAUCUGCAAUGCAUCUGAAAAGUAACCAAAUUAUUUUUUGCUGAAACUAGAUGUUUUUACAUGAGAAAUACUGUAUGUGUUGUCUAAGAUGUCACCAUUUUUAUAAAUCUGUAUUCAGAUUUCAUUCUUUGUUAGCUCACUUUAUAAUUUGUAUUUUUUUACUGUAUAGACUAAAUAUAUUCUAUUUACAUGUAUGUCAACUCAUUACCUUUUUCCUGUGAACAGUAUUGAAAAAAUGCAACAGCUGGUAAUUAAGUGAAUUAACUGUCUCCCUUGUCUUAGGGUAUUCGGUAGAUUGAUUGCAGAUUUCUUAAACCUGAAAGGAUCUUUACACUGUAAUUCUCAGUAUCCUGAUUAUGGAGAAACACUUGUUUUGAUUUUGUUAUACUUGACUUAACUUUAUUGCAAUGUGAAUUAAUUGCACUGCUAAGUAGGAAGAUGUGUAACUUUUAUUUGUUGCUAUUCACAUUUGAGUUUUUUUUCUGUAUAGGCAAUAUUAUAUUGACACCUUUUACAGAUAUUAAUGUAGCUUUUUCCAUAUAAAUAAAAUGCUUUUUCUACUAAAAA